GUUAAUCAUUACAAACGGUAAUAACAAAAGUCACCGUAAAAGUAACCGUUGAUGCGUCUCUCCCGCCAACCAGCAUUGCGCCUGUUCACAAAUCUUCCUAACAAAACACAAGUGUAUAUCCGUUUUCUAACUUCUUUGCAUUUCAAUCAGGAUCAAUUUCUCAAUCCAUGAAACAGGAGAUGGGAAAUCAUAUUUGUGUAUAUUUUCUGUUAAUUUUUCUUACAAUACUUUCGACAAAAGGCCAUUCAUUUUCAUGGGGCUGGUUUUCGUAUUCCUCCCACCGAUCAUCAUCAUCUUCUUCUAGCAGUCACCGAUAUUCAAAGAAUACAGACAUGAAUGGUUUGGUUGCUGAGUUUUCUACAGAAGCCUUGGAUGAUCCUAAAGCAGUUGAGCUGCUUGAGAACGCGAGGAUGAAGUUGGGAGGAUCGAAUCCUUGUUGGUUUUACGCGUAUAAGAACUUGUUUUCUUCGUGCUCUGAGAUUUUUGCUGCAGAGGAAAAGAGAAGUAGGCUCGCUUGGCUUCUGAGUGAUUGUUUCCAAAGAGAUUCUGGGAGGGGUCCUUUUCCUUCUUGCAAUGUGGAAAGUAGUAUGGUUGAUUGUCUUCGGAAUUUGGACAAUGAUGAACAUAAGACUUACUUGGAAUUUUACCUCGAGACCAACUCAAUUUGCUAUCAGUUACAGUCCAAGGCUUUUAAGCUUCAAGUUGAAAGUUUGGUGAAUGACUUGAAAAAUUCAGCAUUAUCAACAGAAGAAAAACUAGAGACCAUUGAAGAAAAAUCAGAUACUCUUCUCCACACCUCGAAUGAAAUACAAGAAUCAAUAACAUCGAUCAAUGAACAAACACAAAAAGUGGGAGAAAACUUGAGGAACAUGAUCAGUGAAUUAAGCGUUGUCAUGAAGCACACAAAAGAGCUUAACGAGCAAGCAAGGGGCAUUUCCUCAACCCAAGUAGAGUUAUUAGAAGGACAAGGGUUGAUGAAGGAGAAAAUGGAAGAAAGUAUUGCAAGAGUAGAAGCAUCUUACAGUCAUCUUAGACAAGAAAUCGAUGUUUUGCAGAAGAAGGCAACUGAAGUUGAAAAGGAGGUUACUGGACUUGGAGAGGCAUUGUCUUCAAAGUUGCAAAAUCUUCAAGGUAAAGCUGAUGAUAUUGCUGAUAUGACUGGUGUUUCAAUAGAGAAGCAACAACAACUUCUUGCAAGCCAAUCUGAGGCGCUUCAGGGUCUUCAGUCCCUCACUGAUUUUCAGUCUAAAGCUCUUCAAGAGAGCAGGGUUACUUUACAGCAGAUAGUAGGAUUUGCACAAGGGCAACACCAAGAACUAAAGGAGCAACAGGAACAUCUACUGAAGGCUCACAACCUUUUGGCUAUCAAUUCAAAAUCAAUGUUGGAAGCUCAGGAAACUUUCGAGAUGAAACAAGCAAAUAUGUUUACUUCCAUUGAUAAGCUUUUUGCCCUGCACAAUGCCAUGUUGCUCGAGUCAAGACUAAUUAAAGCUUUCUUCAUAUAUUCCCUCUUAAUGGUCGUCCUUUACAUGUUAACCAGUACAAAGCAGACUUACUCUGUCAGAUGCAGUCUUUACAUAAGUCUAUGCAUUGCAUUCGCAAUAGAGUGCGGAAUACUGCAGCUUCUAUCUAUAGAAAUUGAACAGAAAAAUCGACUUAGGACAACGGUGAAAUCACUUUUUAGCGCUUAUGCUGUUGUCCAGCUUUUGUAUUCUUUGAUUACAUACAGGGAUUAUGAAGCAUUAAAUCACAGGAUGCUAACAACACUGAUUGAAAAGGUAAACAAUAUUCAAAAAGUAAGAGAUUAUUCUUCAGAUGAUGAGGAAGUGGAUAGUGAAGUUGAUUGGCUAUCAUGGGUGGAAACUGAACUACCGGAAGAUUUAAGCAUCCAUGAAGAUCCGAACUAUAUACCAUCAGUUGAAGAGGAAGGGAAGUCAGAAAGCUUUGUUGUGGCUUGUGAUGAACGAAAGUAUAAUCUCCGACAGCGGAAGCAUUUGAAAUUAUGA